GUGACGUGCUGGCCGUAUUGCCUCCACCGUAACUCCAACGUAACAUCACUGGCAGAUACCUUCGUCCGAGUUAGGCAUGCAUCGUACGUCGACACGCUACGUAGUACGCUUUGUGUCCUGAGUCCGCCGCUGUGUUUAUAACAUCAAGGAACUUAUGCAUGGUGGCAAGAUUUGAAACUCCAAUCGUCCUCGAUGUUCACAAGUCUUUUGACACGUUCAAACGUUUGUCUACAGGAUUGUACUCGAUUAGUACUCGAUAAGUCCGCUUCUCUGCGCCCAUGGGAAAUUACCUGCUGUGAUUGCUCAAGAAUGCAACCAAAUGAACCAGUAAUCCCUGGGGCAUUAGCAGAGAAUGUUCCUGAGCGCCCGCUCAUUGAAAAAACGGAGAAGGCCGAACACCACUACUUACGACGUUGGCAGAUAUGGGCUAAGGAGGCCGAUCCAACAAAGCAAACUCCCGCACAAGGAUGGAAUGAUCAAGGAUGGGGUGCUCCACCCGUGGAAUAUGCUUGGCAACCAUAUGACCCAUCAUCUAUUCAGCCUGCGCCACCUCGCGAGGACGUCGAUAAUUUCUUUUACCUCAACAUCCGGUAUACUAACCGGGACGCGGAACCUGAUGUAGUUUUCAGUCAUUUCAGCAACACCCUGAUCGACUUCCUGCGCAUGUCUAUUGGCGACGAAUUUUUCGACACAAAUCCGGACUCAUCUCUCACUCACUUUGUCUUCAAACUUGAUGAGCUCAAGGCCCACCUUUCGGAUGCACGCUCAGCUUUGUCUAACCUUUCAGGGGAGGAGUUGAGGACAAAAGCGCAAGAACUUGGCCGCUUGGAUUCGCUGACCCCGCAGCAAACCGAACAAGAUGCCCAGCAGUACCUCGAGGAUCUCGUCAAUCAAUUGGACGUUCUCAUACCUUUGGUUGAGAAAGAAUUCGAGCCCAUAUCCAAGCGCCUAGAAUUAGAGCUAUCUUACGGCCACAUUUCAUUUGAUCUUCUCUUGUACUACUUCAAGAAAGGAGAGAGAUAUUAUUACGAGUUUCUGGGCGAUAAGCUGGCCUUUGUACUAGAGGACACAAGCAUGGACUCAUCUUUUCGUAUCCUGAACAUUAAUGGCCAUGGUAUGAUAUGGGAUGGCCUUGGACACAUCCACGAGCACAGAGGUGUUGAUAUUCCUCGUUACCCCGGGACAAAGGCGUUAUCUGAUCUUCAGUGCAAAAUCGUGCAAGAUGAUGUGCACAAUGAACUGACUGAGCGCGGAAGAUUAUAUACUGCUGUGUCAGGCGUUCAUUUCAAGUCAUAUGAUGGCCGCCGCGUGGUCAUUGAUGAAAAUGGCUAUUGUGGCAGAGAUCCGGGUGAUUAUGAUGAUUAUGUUCCUCCGCGUUCAAGUAGAAAACGCGUGACAUCUCCGCCUGCACCUGGUUGUGGCAAUGCAGGUCUUUCUCGUCCUGAUUCCCCUUACGCCGGUGACAACUCAGGGCAGGAAUUGUUGGAGUUCCCGGAAGACCAACUGUACCUCUUACCAGUGAAAGUACAUGGUUUCGAUGUCCGUCGCAAGACUUGGGAGACGAUCGACGUUCGUAAACUUGAGGAGAUCCAUUUCGAUGAACAUGCUUGGGACCAUCUCGUUCUUAAUAAAGCGACAAAGGUUCUUGUCAAAGGGCUCGUCAAUGUCACAAAGACGACCAAUACAUCUGGGGAGGUAUUCUCUGAUGUCAUUACUGGGAAAGGUGGGGGAAUGAUUGCGCUCCUACACGGUCCGCCUGGGACAGGCAAAACGCUGACCGCAGAGGCUGUGGCUGAACACCUGAAACGACCACUCUACGUUCUCAGUUCACUUGAGCUUUCGACUACACCCGCUACAUUGGAGAAAAAUCUGGGUGAUGUCCUGAGGCUUGCAACGACAUGGGAUGCAGUCGUCCUCAUUGACGAAGCCGAUGUAUUUCUGGAGCAAAGGAGUCUUCACGAGUUGGAGCGCAACGCCCUCGUUUCUGUUGCUCUUCGGGUCCUCGAGUACCAUCGUGGCGUCCUUUUCUUGACUACCAAUCGUAUCCAGGCCUUUGACGAAGCCUUCUUAUCCCGGUUUUCCAUUGCCGUGAAGUACCCAGAGCUGGAUGUUGACGCCCGCUUGACUAUCUGGCGAAAGUUCUUUGAGCUUGCUGGGUGCGAACUGUGGGGAGGCAGUGGACAGCCUGGAGACGGACGGCAGAGCCCGGACGAGUUUGUCAAACUUGAAGGACAAGAGCCGCAGUGCUAUGUUUCGCUUGCUGACCUGAAGGAACUGGCCGCGAAGCCUUUCAACGGUCGCACUAUCAAGAAUCUUGUGCGGACCGCGCAAGCGUUGGCCAUGUCAUCGGACGAACCGCUUUCCCUUGAACACGUCAAAGUCGUGGUUGAAGCGCAAGAGAAAUUCUUGACCGAGUUUGCUAAAAUCAAAUUAUGAUUGUGAUCUUUGGUUAUCGUGUAACAAGUAGUCAUGUUGUUUUGUAUGUAAAACCGGUGUUUGUGAUAUGUGGAAGAUGCAUUCUUAAUGUCUGACUUUCUUCUAGACUCCUAAGAUACUUGGUAGUGUUGUGCUGAGGAAAAAAAAUACACUAAAAUUUAUGUAGGAUGUAAUCUGACUGGCUCAAACUCAAACACC